CACACUUCUUUUCCACUCAACUCAUUACCUCCUUUUUAUUUUCUCUCUCAUCUUUUAAGUUUUAUUGAAACCUUGUAUCUUCUUCAACAAUGGCGUUAUCCGAUGAAUCAUCAGCUUUAGAGUUCAUCAAAAGCCAUCUAUUCAGUGAACUCUCUCCAAUCGGUGGAGGAUUUAGCUUUAUUAAUAAUAAUUAUGCUAAUAAUAAUACCACUAAUUUCGUAUUUAAUCAGUGUAAUUUUGGAUUUGAAGAUCCUAAACCUGAACUAUCAAUUUCCAAAUCAAAUUCAAAUUCAAAUUCUCUCUCCUCACAAAACUCUCUUUCUAGCAGUUCUACCUCGUUUUUGUUCGAAGAACAGGUGAUUCCGACCUCAAUUAAGGGAGAACAAGCUUCUGAUUUCGAUUUUGACUUUGAUUUUGAUGUCGAUUUCACUAAGUUUGAUCCGAUAUCAUCACCAUCGCCGACGUUUUCCGGCGGAUCGAAGUCGAAGUUUCGCGAGAGAAAACCGGCGAUGAAAAUCGCAGUUCCGGCUCCGGCGAAAAAAUUCGAGGUGGUCGAGUUCGUGCCCGAGUCGACUCAGCGAGUUAGCGCCAACGAGUCGACUCAGCGAGUCAACUCGGAGGAGGAGACUCGGAGGCACUACAGAGGAGUGAGGAGAAGGCCGUGGGGGAAGUACGCGGCCGAAAUUCGGGACCCGAACAAGCGCGGGUCCCGUGUUUGGCUCGGGACUUACGACACGGCGGUGGAAGCGGCCCGAGCCUAUGAUCGGGCCGCCUUCAAGCUCCGUGGCUCGAAGGCAAUCCUAAACUUUCCACUCGAAGUUUGUAACUUGGUGGCGGAGGACUCCUCAACCACCGUGGCUGCCUCCGUAUGCGGUGGCAGUGACGGCGGAAGGAAGAGAAAAGAGGUGGAGAAGGUGAAGAAAACGGAGAUAGUGGAAACAAAGAAAGUCAAAACUGAGAAUACGUGUAAGAACAAAACAACGUCGUUUGAAGAAAUGGGGCCGUUGACGCCGUCAAGUUGGACGGCGUUUUGGGAUGUGGAUGUGAAGACAGAAAAUGGAGUAUUUAACGUACCUCCUUUGUCGCCGUUAUCUCCACAUCCAUCGUUUGGGUACCCACAGCUGGCGGUUAUGUGAGACAUUAUAAUGAUUAGUACUAAAGUAGAACUUAUUUUGUAAGAAAAAGAAAAAAAAAAUGUGAAAAAGUAGAACGUUUAACGGGUGCUGUAUUAUGUGAAUAGCAGCCUUGUGGUUUAGAGGAAUAGUAUAUUUUUUCAUUUGAUUAAUUUAAUUGAUAUGGUUAAAUUAUGUUUUUAGUUGAAAGUGGUAGGGAUAAGUAAGAAUAUUAAUGUUUGAUUAAUGGAAUGAAAAAGAUUGUUUAAAUUUCAAA